CAACAAACCAUAAAAAUUUAAAUUGAAAUUCUUAAUUUCAUUAAAUUAAAGUAUAAAACGGCAGUAAAAUUAGCAUAAAAGACUGACAAGAUAAUUAUCGAAUCUGCCUGGACAGAUAUGGUAUAACAGCUAAAAGUAUAAAUGGAUCGCAAUAAAAAGGCAAAAAUUCAGCAUUCUUCAGAAUCGUUAUUUAUAUUGGGUAAAGACCGAAAAAGAAGCGAUGGAUCGUCACAACUUCCAUCAACAUCCAAGAAACCAAGAAUAGCACCAACGUCAAUUCAUUCAACAACUGUACCAAUACCGACUACGCCAGUUCCAGAAAGCUGGGAAGAUACCAUUAACAUAGAAUGUGAAAAUAUUAAUCUUAUAUCCUCAGUUCUGCAAGCAACUGAUCAACAGGAUAGCGAUAAAAUAGUUUCGCUAGUUUGCGGCGCAAUUAAGAACUUGGCAUCAUCAAAAUCCAAAAAUGACUCGAUACUAAUCAUGUCGUUGCUUUAUCUGGCUAAAAUAAGACCACAUAUUUUUGGAAAUGACAACAUUUCAGCAGCUAUUCUGUCACUUUUAAAGACUGAUAGUCAGCAUGCAGUUCGACAUCCAGUAAAGAAUAAUACGACAGUUUUUGCAAUGGCUGCAAAUUUACUUGCUCGUGGACAUUAUGAUAAGAAAAAGUGGCCAGAAAGUUUCGUUAAAGUUUACAUCGAUGAUGCUUUAAAUGAGAGAGUGUGGGUGGAUUUAGAAGAGUGCUCACUCUUUACGGAUCAUAUUGUUGCUGCUUUUGGAACGAAAAGUCCACCUCAAAAGGCUCAAGACUCAGCUAGUGGAAGUUUGAAAGAACCGAUCGUCGCCAUGAAUGAAGAAGAAUCCUCAGACAGCAUGGUAUCGGAAUCGUCAAGAAAUACAGAGGAACUUCAAUUAAACUCGAGAUUUUUUCACAUCCAAGAAACUGUAGAAAAGCUAGUGACAGAAACAAUCAAGGAUCAAUUUAAUAGAAGGCAGUCUUCCGAUUUUCUCACUAAGAACUUGCUUAAAUUUGCAUCAACUGCUUGCGGAAUUCCAGAAGUUAGAUCUAUAGUCGUGACACGAUUAGAAUUGUGGAUAAGUAAUGCAAAAUUGGUUAAACCAGCACAAGAUCUAUUAGAGUUCAUUUGCUAUAACAUCAGUGCAAGUCAAACGAAAGAUCAGGAAGUAUUGUCGCACUUACUGAAAAUGAGACUUAAAACGAAGCCAUUGAUUAACAUUUAUAUGAACUGUUUGAGAGACUUAAUUACUCUCCAACCUGAUAUCCUUAAAAUAAUGAUGAAAUCAGUCGUUCAACAAGAAUUAUUAAUCCUUUAUAAUGCACGAAAUCCGAAUAAUAUGGGAAUUCUAGCUACAAUCUUUCAAGCUAAGCCAGAAGCAGCAGCGACAACAUUAGCUGAAAUUUAUCAAGACUUUCUGUUGCUUAGAGAUGAUUGUCUGAAGACUCUGCGUGUGUUUUUGCGUGAAUUAGUCAAGACACUUCGGUACGAUAUUAAUUUAGUGACAUUCUGUAAAACAUUAAUGAGUGAUCGUGCUGAAUUUAUACAAGCUAUAGAAACGAGUGAAUUUCGUGAACGAUGCUGUUUUGCAAUUGCUGAUUUAGUUUGUCUCUGUCGGUUCCUAUCAGUUUCACCACACAUAAGAGAUGCUCACAAUGCAAUCAAUAAAAGUAGCCACGAUCAAAAGAGCUCAUUGGUCUACAACUUUUACAAUCAAAUGUCACAAAUUCAAUAUGAAUCGCUUACAUGGACGUUCCAGGAAGUUCCGAAAAUUUACAAAUUAAGUGCUCCAGACUAUUCAUCAUUAAUGAAUAAAAUUUUGAUUCUUGAUCCACCAGAAAAUUAUUCUAAAUUCGACUCAUGGCCACCAGAACCUGAGCGAUUGCUUCUUUUAAAUCUUGUUGCAGAAGUUCCAUUAUUACAAGAUUCAAUUUGGACAAUAAUAUUGAUUGGAGUAAGCAAGGACAUAAGUUUUUCAAUUUGUGACACUGUAAUGAUUAUUGAUCAAAUUGUAAGACGUGCAUGUUUAUUAAAAUACACUGAAUAUCCACCAUUGGAAGUUACAAAACUUGAAAUCAUAGACUUUUUGUUCAGCAUGGCUGAAUAUCAUCAUCCUGAAAAUAUUCAACUUCCUGCUGGAUAUGAACCACCGAAAUUAGCAAUUUCUCAAAUUUACUGGAAAGUCUGGAUCAUCUUAUUGAUUCUAUCAGCUCAUAAUACAGGAACAAUUGGAGCUUUUUGUUGGGCAAACUAUCCAAUGCUGAAAAUGCUAAUGGAAAUGUGUAUCACUAAUCAAUUCUCCAUGAUUAAACCUCCCGAUGAGGAACUUCAAUUAGCUGUAAUUGAAAAGAAUCAAAUUAUCCAAUUUGAAGGAUAUCUUGCUGCUGCAACAUCUAAAGUUGUUAUUCAUGAGCAAAAUUCAUUGCUGAUUUCUCAGGUAAUGCUGAUGGAUCCACUAAGUGUGGCACGUAGGCCUCCUAAGAAUGUAUUGGAAGAGCUUCAUUCAUUGAAUGCAAGUCACAGAUUAGGACAUUUACUAUGUCGCAGUCGUAAACCUGACUUGUUGCUUGAUAUCAUUCAAAGACAAGGAACUUCUCAAUCUAUGCCAUGGUUGAGUGAUUUAGUUCAGAGUAGCGAUGCUGCUGGAGAUUUCAAUCACUUGCCUGUUCAGUGCUUGUGUGAAUUUUUGUUGUCUAAUUCCAACAAUAUUUCAUCGGAAAAUUCUCGAGAUGUCGAAUUGAUUACUUUUCUACAGAAAAUGCUGCACAGUGAUGAUACGAAUGACUAUCAGACAUCUUAUGAAGUUCUCGAGUAUUUCUUGAGGAGAUUAUCGUCAACAUCAAAAUAUGGAAGACAGUCAGCUAUUAGAGCAUUCAGAUUGCUUCUUAAAAGCUUAGAUCCCGAACAAGACAAAGAUUCAGAGAACGAAGAGUCAGACUGGUUGCUUAAAUAUUUGCCAUCGAUUCCAUCAUUUCCGUACAUCUGUGAACGAAUUAUUGCCCAACUUCGUGCUGCAUGUCAAGUUGAAAAUUCUCCAGACUUGAUUAUGAUUUAUAUCCAAUUUGUUGCAACACAUACUUUAAAUGAUCCAGUGACUGAAAUGAUUGAACAUGUAGCUUGCUGGUCUCUUUUGAUCGUCGAGAGAAGUGCUGUUUUUGCAUCCAUUUUGCCUUCAAAUCAGCAAGAUCCAAAAUAUCACGAAAAGUUCCAGACUUUAAGCUACCUUUUCAUCAUGUUUAACAAUUUUAUAAUUAAAAUGAAAGAGAACAAUUCAGAAAUUACAAUGCCUGAAUAUCCUGACUUACUAGUUGUUCAUUUUGCGGACGAGACUCAAUGUCAUAUGCAUUUGAACUUUAUACAUGCUUUGGUUAUUCUUUUGUGCCAAUCUGCAGGCAUAACUGGUGCUAUGGAUCUUUUGGAUUAUUUCUUUCCCGUUGGAAAUGCAGCAUAUCCUCAAGCUUUUAGUGUUGAAACUGGAGAUAAAGUUCAGAUUUUGCCUGAUUGGCUGAAACUAAAAAUGAUAAGGAGCUCAAUCGAAAGAAUGGUAGAUGUAGCACUGCAAGACUUAACAUCAGAGCAGAUUAUAUUGUUUAUUCAAAGCUUCGGAACUCCAAUAAAUUCAAUGAGUAAAUUAUUGGCGCUUCUCGAUCAUGAUAUUGUUAAGGAUGCUGAGUCUGUUAAUGCAGCAAUCAUUAAUAGAGCGUAUUUGUCGCAAUUUAUUGACAUUCAGCAAAUGCGUGGUGCUAAAAAUGGGCAUAUAGCUAUGAAAUAUUUAAAAUCGAUGGAUGAAAAGCCACAAGUUAAUGAAAAGAAGGCAAAUACCGAAGUUGUUGACAUGCUCGAAAGGUUUGAUGCCAUGAAGAUUAAAGUGAAAUCAAGCAGUUUUAGUCGUGGCAAGUUUUCACAAGGAGCAACAAGUUUCAAUGUCAGCAGUUUGCUAGGAGAAAUCGUCAACGAGGAUAUAAAACCAAAAGUCGAGCCGUUUUUAGACACAAAGUCUAUUAUAAAAUUAAAUCUGAGUGAUUCUGGAAGAAAUAUUCAUCAUACACUAUCGGAACUUAUUAAUUCUACACAUCCAUUUGAUAUUGAAAUAUUUGCACAUCGUCACUUAAACUUUAAGAAUUUAAAGCAAAGUAAAUUGGCGCAUUUAAUCAACUCAAUGUGUGUUAUGCUGAAAGAAGAAAAUGAUAAUUUAUCAAUCAAUAAAAAAGGCAUAAUUCUUGAUUGGCUUGUGGAAUUCGACAGCGAAUUGAUUCGUACAAAUCAAGAUGUUCAAAUCUCAUUGCUGUUUGGUAAAACAAUUCAAAUUUAUCGACCAUACUUGCUGUCGCUGUUGAUUCAUCAAGCAAAUUGGUCUACAAUACAUUUGGCGAUUGAGAAGCUCUUCAAUCCAAUUAAUUCUGGAAUUUAUGAUCCAACAUCGGUGCUUGAUUUUACUGAUGCAAUUAUAAGGAAUCCAAAAAUGUGGCAAGGACGUGACAAAGCGGUUCCAAAGCACGAACAAAUUGAAUAUGUGCUGAUUUUGAAUGAGAAUAAGAUAAAAGCAUUCAUUGAUUAUAUUCUGCAGGAAGAAGAAAACAUGACAGUUGGACAUGGUGAGUCUAAAAUGAAUGAACGUGUAAUUUUGUUACUGAGCUGCAUUCGUCCAAAUGAGUUGAGCUUGCAAAAUGUUCUUGGACAUUUGGAAACAAGUUUAUUAGGUGAAAAUGUUAAAAACAAGUUUCUGCGACGAUUGUACUUGAGCAUUCCGAAUUUAUUCAUUGACUCGGACAUGAAUGACAUUAUUAAUGAAGCUAAUGAGUUGAUUCUUAAGGAAUGUAAUAGCUCAAUAAGUGAUAAAUGGAUCCACAAUGUUAUAACAACAUUAGCGAGCUUAUCAAAUCAAAAAGACUUUCAAGCUAUUGGUUCGGAUAUGGAAUUGCCGUUGAGGAAGUUUGCAGCAACUUAUCCAGUGUUGUUGUUGAGACAUUUACCAUUAAUUGCAUCAUUGCUUGCUGGACGUGGACACAUGGAUCUACAUAUUCUAAGACAUGAACAUCAUAUUGCAUUCUUUAAUCAAAUUUUGGGAACUUUAGAGCUUUUACAGCCAAUGAUUUUUGAAGAUGUUUAUAUGGCUGGUUUACAUAAAGCUAUAUCAUCAUUCUUUUUAUUGCUACAUAAUCAUGGAAAGGAUCUUUAUGGACUGAUUGUUCGUGUUAUGGAAUUUGUUAAGAAUUAUGCAGCAACGAAUCCAACUUGUGCAUACAUACUGAUCAAUAAUCAUCAUGAUAUACUGGCACAACUAUUUUCUAGGAAUAGAAACAUCAUUCCAUUACAGCAGAUCAUGACGUCUUCACAGUUUUUAGCUAAAGGAAUUGCCAUUUCUGCAUUGUCAGCUAAGCCAGAAGUCAUCCAACUUAAUGUUAUCUCAAAAUUGGGGAAUAUAACGAGAAUGAGUCACGAAGAGUUGCUGUCAACCUUACAAGAGAUUGAAUAUCAAACAAAUAAGAAGCCAGCACAGCUUGUGGACAUUUUUGGAAAGUUGACAGAAUUAAUUGUCAACGAUUCAUCUGAUGUGAGGAAUUUGGCACAUUCAAUGCUUCUUAAAAUGCUCAAACACAAUCCUGGAAAUUCAGUAACUUUGUCCACAUGUUUUAAUGCUUAUCUACAGUGUCUGCACAGCGAUGAUGUUAAUAUCGCGACAUCAGUUCUAGACAAUUUAACAGAAAUUACGCUAUCGUUGCAAGAAUAUGCUCUAGAUAUUCUCAAAUGUGUCUUUAAUCUCGGUAUAACAUCAAAAAUCAACACAUUAGUUCCAUUGAAGAAGUGCAUCAAUGCGAUCAAGCUUCAAAAUUCGUGUUAAAUUAACAUUUUACUAUAAUUAAUCAACAUUUUGUAGAUUGUAAGAAUUAACGGUAAUAAAUUUUUUGAAAAAAUGUGCAACCUGCUGUAAUUGACACUCU